GCGCAGCAGAGUACAGUCUCACAGUGGAGGAGGUUGAUCCGUAGAAACACGGAGAGUGGGCUUACUGUUGUGUCCGGACUCCGUGGAACGGUUCGUUCAGAUGUGUUUGUUUCAUGACUUCUCUUGAGGUUGCAGUCCUCAGGGAGCGAGAUGACCAUCCAGACCUAGUGAGACGUUUCCCCUCAGCUGAAGCCCCCAGCUGGUCCUCCAUCCACAUGUUUCUAUAAAAACCUCUUCCUGACUUCAUACAAAGAGACAAACCUCCAACAUGGACAACCUGAUAGACUUUGAUCAGCCAUCAGCGGCCUCGUCUCUCUGCGUGGAGCCUCAUCACCAGGCCCACUCGGACGUUUUCUCCCCCGAGCCGCGGUCGUCCGUUCAUCAGGCCCCGUUCCUACCAGAACCCCUGGCUCCAACCAAAGCCGGCUCCCAGCGGGCGGACGGACACAACGAGGACAGCGACGCCACGGAGUCUGCGGACAGCGAGAACGACAUGGACCCGCCGUCUCUUGACUGGGAACUGAGGCGGUCAUCGUCCUCGUCGGCUCACAGCGGCGAGGACGCAGACACCGAGUCGAUAGAGAGGAGGCAGUUCAUGAAGGCCUACGUGGAGAAGGUGUUUCACGGAAAGGAGGACUUUGACCAGGAAGAGAAGGCGAGGUUUGGAGAGCUGUGCAGCGGAGAGAACGGAAAAGGCAGGGAAUGGUUUGCCAAAUACGUCAGCGCCCAGCGCUGCCACUCCAAAUGUGUGAGCGAAGCCACGUUCUACAGGCUGGUCCAGUCAUUUGCCGUUGUUCUGUUUGAAUGUUACCAGAUGGACGACUACAGCCCGGCGAAAAACCUCAUGACCAUGUGCUUCACGUAUUACUACAUCGGAAAGUGCCCGCCGUCUCCCUCUGACCUGCUGGACCGCGGUAACCCGCAGGCAGGCCUGGACUCGUACCUGAACAAGGCGAACUCCUGGCUGUCGGGGAAGAAAGACGCUGCAGAGCGCCUUCUGAAAAACACAUCAAAAACUGACGUCAAAGGCUUCUUCGGAGGCCUGGAGAGCAAACUGAGGAGCACAAUGGCUCCCAGGUCUGAUGAAGGCUCCGUUGAGGUGAAACCCAAGUCACCAGGAUCAGAGGCUCCAGAAGAGAAGAAAGGAGAAAAGAUUUAUCUGUACACUCACCUGAAACAGCAGCCCAUCUGGCACACGCUGAGGUUCUGGAACGCGGCGUUCUUCGACGCCGUCCACUGUGAGCGGACGAAGAGAUCUCCGACCACGAGUGGAGCGCAGGACGCAGAGAAAGACAAGAGGUCUGUCCUUCCUUUAGGCUCUAACGAAGGCAUAAAUGAGAGAAAAUGGGAGAAGUGGCAUCACUUGACCCCGAAGGAGAGAGAAGAAAGCUUGAAAAUCGAUGAGAACAUCACUUUUGGCCAGCUGGGGACUUUCACCCACAACAUGUUGGCGUUCGGUCUGAGUAAAAAACUCUGUAACGACUUCCUGAAGAAGCAGGCGGUCAUCGGGAACCUGAAUGAAGAGCAAUACCAGCUGCUGAGCGAACAUAUUGAGAAGAUGGCGGCGGAGUGAGUCGGAGAUCAGCGCUGGUUUCCUUCCAGUUUGACGUCACUUCUGUGUCUCAGUGCUGAGAAAUGCCAUCUGCAAACUGCUGGAAUAUGAGCAAUAUUAUAUUAAAUACACCAUAAAGUCUGCAUCCACUGUUCAUGUGAAGGUGUCGCGUAUCCCUGUCAGACUCGUUUGGUGUUUUGAAAUGUCUCAUUAAGAUUCAGCGUGCUGUGAUCUGAUGUUCAGACCUUUAUUUUAUUUUAUUUUAUUUUAUUCCUGUUCUGUGGAUUUCCUUCUUAAACUGACAAGAUGUUGACAUAAUUUAGAAAUUCAAUCUGCACUGCAAAAACAUAAAGUCUUAGUAAUUUUAGUGUUGUUUCAAUUUCUUAAGACCAAGUUAUAAGUAACUUUUCAACCAGAUAUUGGAGCUUGUUUUAAGUAAUUCAUUCCUUAAUAUAGAUGACAAAGUAUUUGUUCCAUUAGCAGAUUAUUUCACAUGGAAAAAUGUCUUGUGAAAUAAGUAUUUUUUCAUCAAUAUUAAGGAACA